UCAGGCUGGGCAGGCGCGUCUCCAGCUCAUCUCGCACUUGGGCUCCUCGGGGAGGAGGGGCUGCAGCCCUGGCCCACCGUUAGCACGAUGAUCCUCAGGCUGCUCCUGGCUCUCAACUUCUUCCCUUCAAUUCAAGUAACAGAGAACAAGAUUUUGGUGAAGCAGUCGCCCAUGCUUGUGGUGCACAACAACGCGGUCAACCUUAGCUGCAAGUACACGUACAACCUCUUCUCCAAAGAGUUCCGGGCCUCCCUCUAUAAGGGAGCAGACAGUGCUGUGGAAGUCUGUGUUGUGAAUGGAAAUUACUCCCAUCAGCUUCAGUUUCACUCAAAUACGGGAUUCAACUGUGAUGGGAAAUUGGGCAACGAAACAGUGACAUUCUACCUCCGGAAUUUGUACGUUAACCAAACGGAUAUUUACUUCUGCAAAAUUGAGGUCAUGUACCCUCCUCCUUACAUAGACAAUGAGAAGAGCAAUGGAACCAUUAUCCAUGUGAAAGAGAAACAUCUUUGUCCAGAUCGCCCGUCUCCUGUGUCUUCUAAGCCAUUUUGGGCACUGGUGGUGGUUGGAGUCCUAGCUUUCUAUAGCUUGCUAGUAACAGUGGCUCUUUGUACCUGCUGGAUGAGGAGUAGGAGGAGCAGGACCCUUCAGAGCGACUACAUGAACAUGACCCCCCGGAGGCCCGGGCCCACGCGAAAGCACUACCAGCCCUACGCGCCGGCGCGCGACUUCGCCGCCUACCGCUCCUGACACGGACGCCUAUCCAGAUGCGCGCCGGCCGGCCCCGCGGCACCGCUGCACGCCACCGCUCUGGAUAGGAAAGGACUGCCCCGUCUUCAGCCGGCCACCUCGGGCUCCUGUGAGGCCGCCAGUGCCAAGGGUUCUUGAACGACUAGACCAAACGACGUUAUUUUGAGACUCUGAAGUGCAGCGAGAGAAUCUUACUGUGGCAGGCCGAAUCGUGUAGCGCCAUGACCCAAAUUCAAACCCACCGUGUAUUUAUUGACUUGAUGGAGAGCUCAGGGUGGAACACAGAGUGAGGGGAUUGUUGGCCUUGAAACCUGCCUCCAAUGUCACUCUUUCUCACUCACCUGCACAUUGUGGUUGUGAAGUGUGGUAUCCAAGGACUUUUUAGAUGGAGAAGAAAGGUCAGAAAAUCAUUCUCUUUGGUUCAAUGGGGUUUAGGGUGGGGAGAGGUUGGGGCGGGGGAGACGGAAACAUUUCAAAGCCGUUAAAACACUGUCUCUCACUCAUGAAAUGAGCCACUUAGUUCUUAUUUAAUACUGUUUUACUUUUAGUUUAGAAAGAUGUAGACAUUGUUUUUGAUGAUUUCUGGUCAUAUUUAGUCAUUUUGAUGAAUGGAAUCCCUUCGAAGCAACGCGAGGCAAACCAACGUGCUUUCCUUACUCCCUGGGGUGGGAAUUCACUGUGGUCUUCACGAUGUGAUUUCGAAAGAGUAAAGUAGUCCUCCUACACCAAGAGAGAAUGUGUCAGGAAAUAAGGCCGCUUGAUGCCGAAAUUGUUUGAAUACUAAUAACUAGGGUUAUUAGUUUAGCAGCUCAUUCCAGUCAAAUCACACAGGGGGCUUUUCUGUUCUGUAUAUUUCAGGUUUGCACAGUUGUUCUCUUUAUUGUCUGCAUGGAGAUCUGAAGGGGGAUGCUGAAAGCAUAUGCAUAGGAGAAGUGAUGAUACUGUGAAACAGGGGUGUUAGCAUCCAUUAGGGUAUGGAGGAUGAGGCCCAAGAAACCUAUUCUGAGGGAGGGAGACUAGAAGUGAAUGACAUGAUUCUUGCCAUGUGCUGAGGGGGUGGUUGGCAUCUGGUGGAAGUUUUCCAGAAGCUGGCAGGCAGAAGGAGCCAGGGUGAGGGCUCCUUUACAGAGACUUGAUGUGCUUUAGGGCUGAGAGCUCCAGAACUCUGUGGGUUCAGCUGCCUCUUUACCCUGGAAGUCCAUCGACAUGGAGAAGUAUUUUGGAGGGUGUCUUUGGAGACAACAUCACAGUUCUCAAGAAACACUGCCAGUCCUGACCCUGGAAUGACCAUGGAUAUUUUUCUGCCCCCAGUUUGGGUCAAUUGGAGUAUGCCUGGCGACCUUGAAGAACGGCUUUACUGCUGCCUUUGCAAUUUGUUCAGUGCUUCAAUUCAUUCCGAUGGUAGAGGAGUCUAGGUUCUAGAGGCAGAUAGAUCUGGGUCAAGUGCCAUGACUAGCUGGCCUCAGGCGAGUCACUGCCUUUCUAAGACUCUGGUUCUUCAACUAUAAAAUGGAGAUAAUGAUCACAAAUAUCUGUCCCUGUGCUAUAAACUCCAUGAGGGUGUGGCCCAAAUUUGUCUUUUGUUCUGCUUGUGCCUGGCACUUAGUACCUGCCUCACAUAUAAUGUUAGCUGAUAUAAUUAUUGCCAUAUACAUAAACUAUGUAUAAAAAUUAAACUGGGCAAUGACCUGAGAAGGGAGAGAAUAUUGUAACACAAAUUUAAACCCACUACCCAAGGAUGAGGUGCUAUAAAAUUUGAGAGCCUCUUUCUUAGCUUCCACCAUUUUCCCGUUUUGGGAUAUUCUGGCUUGUAAUGAAAUGUACAGCAUUCCGCCUCCCACUUUUAUGUAUAUAAAGAAGUCUUCUUUAAUUUUUUUGUAAUAUGGGGAGGGGUAGGAAUCUUCUGAUUCCAGACAGAAAAUAUUGUACUUUGGUUGAUUUUUAAAUGGGCUUCCAUUCCAUGAAUUGAAUUAAUCCAAACAAGGUCAAACUCAGCAGUACUUGGGUGAUGAAGAACUGUUGAAUUUAUACUGGUGCAUAUGCUAAAGAGUUCUUUAAUCCAAGUUAUCAAGUUGGAUUUGAAAAUUACAGAGCUGGAGAAUUUUUAGAAAGGGCAAUGGCAAAAAAUAAAUAAAUAAAAAAAAUAAAAAUGGAAAGAUUUGAUCUUUGGUAAUAAAUGGUUUUGUUUUCUGAUGGGAAAAAUAGGUUUACUAACGAUGAAUCACACUUUAGAUUUUUCUUACUCACUCUAAACAGAACCAAAGUAGAAAUGUUAAUAGGGAAGUCCGUUUUCACUAUUAGUAUGAACCAAGAAAUGGUUUAAAAACAGUGGUUGGAGCAAUGCUUUUACAGUUUCAAAUAUGGUAAUUAUGAAGAAAACAAUGUCAUUUGCUGCUAUUAUUGUAAGAGUCUUAUAAUUAAUAGUAUUUCUAUAAUUUUUGAUUGUGAGCUCACUUAUGUUGGGCUGAGCAUGCCAAUUUAA